CGUAGCCCCACUCCCGAACGACCGCGGGAAAAUUCCAAACACGUCAAAUCAAGAAAGCCACCGUGAGGCCACGCCAGGUUUUCAAGCCGCAGAAGUCGGGCGGUGGCUUCUUUUCCGCCGCGGCCCAAUCUGCUGAGGCAGUUCAGGGCGAGGACCACCCGUGGAGGCCGCCAUUUCCCGCUGGGACAGAGAAGGCUCGCGAGAACGUGCGCCGAGCCUCGACGUGGGCGAGCCGCGCUCCCGCGGGGCGCGGGGUCUGAGGCGGGAAGGCUGCUGUGAAGGGAUGUCACUGUUCUCUGCCUAGAGAUGGCUCAGGAUUCUGCAGACCUUGCUGCGGACUAUCAGUUUUGGCUGCAGAAACUUUCUGCUUGGGAACAGGCCUCCUCUAAGGAAACCCAGCAGGACACCUGUCUUCACCUGUCCCAGUUCCAGGAGUUCCUGAAGCAGAUAUAUGAAAUCUUGAAAGAGAUGGAUUCUAACGCAAUCCUGGAAAGGUUCCCCACAAUUGGUCAACUGUUGGCAAAAACUUGUUGGAAUCCUCUCAUCUUAGCAUAUGAUGAAAGCCAAAAAAUUCUGAUAUGGUGCUUAUGUUGUCUGAUGAACAAAGAACCACGAACCUCUGGAGAAUCAGAACUUAACUCCUGGAUCCGCGGUUUGUUAUCUCAUGUACUUUCUGCAUUCAGAUUCGACAUGAAAGAAAUUAGUCUUUUUCCUGAAAGUCUCGGAUAUGAGUCUGUUGAUUACUAUCCUAGUUUGCUUAAAAAUAUGGUUUUGUCAUUAGUGUCUGAGCUCAGAGAGAGUCAUCUUAAUGGAUUGAACACUCAAAGUCGGAUGACUCCUGAGCGCAUGAUGUCCCUAUCACAAGUUUGUGUCCCUCUUGUUACUCUGCCUGAUUUUGAACCCCUUGUGGAGGCUCUACUCACCUACCAUGGACAUGAAUCUCAGGAAGUCCUCUCACCUGAGUUCUUCGAAGCUGUAAAUGAGGCCUUCUUGUCGAAAAAGAUCAUUCUGCCCACGUGCUCUGUGGUCAGCCUCUGGUUUCGGCAUCUCCCCAGUCUUGAAAAAUCAACGCUGCAUCUUUUUGAAAAGCUGUUCUCCAGCAAGAGAAAUUGCCUGAGAGAGAUGGAGUGCUGUAUAAAAGAGUCAUUGCUGCCUCAAGCAGCCUGCCACCCUGCCAUCUUCAGAAUUGUAGAUGAAAUGUUCCGGUUUGUGCUGCUGGAGACUGAUGGAGCCCCAGAAGUACUAGCUGCUCUUCAGGUAUUCAUGUCGUGCUUGAUAGAAGCUCUGGAAAAAGAAAACAAGCAGACAAAGUUUUCCCUCAAGACCUACUUUCCUUAUGGUGCUCCAUCUCUCACUGCAGUGCUGGCCCAGCGCCCUGAAGCUAUCCCACAGAGACAUCGGCUCCAGCCUCUGCUGCACAUUUCCCAACUCCUCAGAGAAGCAGUUGAAGACCAUACUCAUGGGUCCCAGCAAGGUCCCUUCGAGAGCUGGUUUCUGUUCAUUCACUUUGGAGGAUGGGUUGAUCUGGCAGUGGAGCAGUUGCUGAGGCAGGAAGCUGAGCCCCCUGCAGGCCUGCUGUGGCUCUUGGUGUUCUAUUACAGCCCACAGGAUGGGAGUCAGCAGAGAGCGCAGAGCAUGGUAGAGCUGAAGGUAUUGCUCAACCGUCUCCUGAUGCUGCUCAGAAGUGACCCCCUCUCAGCUAUCGAUCUGCAGAAAGCAGCUGAGAGCCCCAGUACAGACCCCAGACCACCUGUAUGUGGACAGCUGGCCAGGCGCCUUCUUCUUAGCCUCUUGCUCUGGACCCCAGAAGGCCAUGCAAUUGCCUGGGAAGCAGUCACCCAUAUGGCCCACACGGAUGCUGUAACCCAUGAGAUUCUUGGCUUUCUUGACCAGACCUUGUACAGAUCAGAUCAUCUUUGUGUUGAAGCCUCAAGAAAACUGGCUGGAGAGCUCCUUCAGGAGCUUUGAUCUCAGGUCUAGCAGGCAGCACAGAAAGUGUGGGCACCUGUCUAGGGAGUCUGUCUGGUAAAGAGACUGUCUGUGGGGCCCAGAACAAGUGAGAAUGGCCUAACACACCUGUGCUAGGCCCAGUUCAGUGAUGUGUGACACCUCCUAUGAACUUGGUCCAUCAGUAUUAUGAAGGGAAAGGCCCAGACCACCUGCUACGCUCCAGUCUUGGGUGAACCCUCAUGUUCACAGUCGGUCAAGAUGACAGCUAGCACUGACCAAUUCACUGACUCUUUAUCCUUCCCACUCUGAUGAAGUUGCCAGCGAUGGGGGGAAGAUGCCCAGGAGCGGGCGACCUGAGCCCUGCAGUGGAUGAGGCUACACCACACAGAUGAGCACCUGCCUCCUUUGCUCCUCAGUGCAGAAAUGUUGCAGUGCAUCCAUUGGAGCAAAGGGAACGGGGUGGCCAGAGAAGGGUACUUCUGCCUCCCCAAACUCCGAGAAGGCCAAAACAAACAAAAAACCCUGCUUCUUGGGUGGCCUAUGUCUUGUAAAACAGUGGAUUUGGGAACUGAAAAUGAGUGAGUCUCUCUCCUCCACUUGCUGUAGAGGGGAACAUUGGGCAUGUCUGUUCUGUUUUCUAGCAAGAAUGUACAUAAGCAGAGAAGGCCACCAAGCUGCAGUCCUCCUGUAGAUUUGCUACACAAACCCUUGUCCCAUGUGCAGAUCAUCUUCAGUACUCAGAACAUCCACCUGAGAGGACAUGGGAUGACUACAGUCACAGUCAUGUAGAGACACCAUGGCUGAAAGUGAAGGGCUCUGGUUGUUCUCUUGUGUCUGUACGUCCUGGGGAAACACUGACCAGCAUAUGCUUGCUUAAUCCCUGUUUCUUACCCACCCCGCUGACGGGCCCACUGCCUUGCCAAACUGCUCCCAGGAGGAUGGGGCAGGACUUUUUAACCUUUUCAUUCUAAAUAAAAACUUGUACUUAAUUUUAUAUUCAAUUAUUUCCCGAGAGUAGAAACCUUCCCCCUCCUACCUGUGGAAGCUUCGGGUCUUAUAGACCUUAGGCCUGGCUUGGAAAAGACUAUGACUUACCUUCAGGACAAGCUGGGGUUCUAUCACCAAGGAAGGGAGAGUAACUAGAAGGCAGAUAGAUGUGUGUGUACUCAAGAGUUGUGUUUCAUGUUUCCUGUAAGCCAAACUUGAUUAUACCCACACUUACCUCAGACAAAGUUGCUGAGUUACUCUCCAUGCUGAAUGGGAAGAACAGAGCACAGCACAGCCAUUCUUUCUCCCUGUGUGUUCAAACAUGUGUCCCUUAGCAGUCAGGAAAGAUGGAAUCAUGUCCACUUUGCACCCCUAUGACUCAGCCCACCCAGGCAGGACCAGUCUGGGCCAACUGUGCCAAGCAUCUUGAGUCAGCUUCCUGGGUGCUCAGUCACUUGACAUGGCAUACCAGGACAUAUCUGAGCUCCAGGCAGCCAGCUCCUUGUAAUGGUGUUUAGCUUCUCAACCUAUUUUCACCUAAUGAUCUGAAGUCCAGGGAAAGAGGAAACCAGGUCUACAGGGGCCUGGGGAGGGGCAGCUGGAACAGCAGGGACUGAGACAGGUCCCAUGACAUGGGGACACAGAUGCUGAGUGGUUGGCAAUGAUCUUCUAGUGCCACGGAAUCCAGAACUACAGUCAGAGGAACUGUGGGAGCCCAUUCUCGGGUUCCUCGUGGCUUUACCCAGCAGGUCCGCAUAGAGGAUGAUUAGACCACGGGCCUGAGUGCAGGUGUCUGAGAUGGUCUGCACUUGGCUGUGCUGGGGGAGGAGGUCUUUAGCUCCACCCCUUGGCGUCUCUAUAAAAACCCUGGGGCAGAGACAGUCGGGGCCCGUUGGAAUAGGUUCCAGGCCCUCUCGAGGCUAUCCUUUAUUUUUUAUCUGUUUAUCUCCGCGAUAUUCUCCACAAUAAAUCCUAUCUAAUAUUUCCUGCUGCUCGCACUCAAGAAAACUCUGGAGAACUGUCAGGGUGGUUGGGUAAAUGCCCCACAGAAUGGCGCCAUGAACAGGGACUAAAGAAAAAAAGGGACUAAAGAAAAAAAGGGACUAAAGAAAAAAAGGGACUAAAGAAAAAAAGGGGGGACUAAAAAAAGGGACUAAAGACAAAGUAACAGGGACUAAAGAUAAAGGAAAAUAGUUUUGUUACAGAGUUUUUGGCGAAAGUGCUGAGUUCAGUCCUGCCAGUGGAUAAGGCAUGCCGGUGUUAUGGAAAAUAUACAUUUUUUUAUAUAUAUUGAGAGGCAGGGGUUUUAGCCUCGAGAGAAAAGGAAAGCGGACUGGAAGGAUGUCCGAUGCUGCAGCGAAAUUCUCUUCUGUCAAAAUUUUCUAUCUUGUAUCCCUUUCUCAAUUUCUAUCUGAAAAAUAUAAGGUAUAGCGUAGUAAUAUAGUUUAGGAAAAACUUAGAAGUGUAAGAUUAUGUAGGAAAAAAUAAGUAAAGCAACUAGACAGAAAAACUCUCCAAUUUUCUAACUUUGGGGGCUAUGAAUGCAAACUGGGAAAAAAAAUCUUUCUUUGGGCUUUACGGGUAGCAAAAAAGCUCUUCUUUGAGCUUAUGGGGAAAAAAAAGUUUCCUAUGGAAGCUUUUGACCUAGGGACAGCUGAAAUGCUAAAUCCAAGCGGCAGGAGGAAAGUGUUUUCUCCCUGAGGCAAAAAUGGGGGUGUAAAAAGCCAAAAAGUUUAAAGUUGGGAAGUUUUGGGAAAAGUUGGUCUUUCUCUUGGGGGAAAAAAUCUUUCUCUUAAACUAAAAGCUUUUCUUGGGAAAUUUUGGGGGAAAAAUCUCUCUAAAAAGCUUUAAUCUUAAAAGCUCUCAAACUUAAAAACUAAAGCCUUUCAGAACUCACUCUCUCAGAAGGACAAAAAUUAGAAUCACCUGAAGAUAUUAGUAUGGGGACCACCUGUGAUUAGCUCUAAGGGAAAACAACAAACCUCUUAAGACAGCAAAACCUAAGUUCUUUCAAGCUUUAAAAAUCUUCCCUGCAAUGCAGGAGGCAGGGACAAGUUCCUAAAAACCUCUUCUAAGCUCUCUCUCUUCAAGCUAGUAAAAGACAGUGGGUCAGAGUACCCUGAGGGAAACGCUUGGGAGAGUGUGGGUAAAGAGCUACAGAGAGCCCAAAAGGGCAGGAAACUUUACCUAAGAAAAGAAAAAAAUCCAAGCUUUUCAGUUAUGCCCAGCUGAGGCAGCAAGGGUUUUGUUUGAGUGAGCAUUUCAGAAUAAAAAGGUGCUCCUAAUCGUCCUAAUGCAAAGAUCCCCUGAAGCAAUGCAAACUGUUAGCAUUGUAUCCUCGAUUCUCACCAAAAACCCAGAGGCGACUGGCCAGCUGGCCAGCGUCUCUGAGUUGGAGUGCAUUUCGGGGAUACUAGGGCUCCUGCAGUUGCAAACUUCCUGGAGCACAGAGCUGAGGCAGGAAGGUGCAGGACCCAGGGGAAGAUUGCUAAUGAACAAACAAAACUAAAGCCAGUGGGAACAGCACAGUUGCCCGCUUUCCUACAAGUCCCGGCUUGAUAGGUCCAGAGCUGCAAAAAGAAAUCUGAGAAAAAAAGCUUUCCUAUCAGAGUAAGGGCCUUUCUGGGAAAGUAGUAAAGCUGAACUGUGUCUAAAGCAGUCGUGCUGCUGAGUCAGAACGCUGUCUGGGGAAAGAGCCCAGCCAGGGCAGAACAGAACUAUCCAGGAGUAAAGCUUGCUUUUCUGUCGGAGAGAGCAUCUCUUUGAGAAAAGCUUUGUUUCAACUGACUCCCUGAGAUGAGGGAGUGUAGCCCUAAGGGGUGAUUGCCUCUGGCAUAAGCUCUGUCCUUGAGCACCCAGACAAGCAAAUGCAACCCACUGGGGGACUGGGCCAGGUGAAGGCCUGAUGAGGCAAAAAAACUGUUCUAAUGGGAGUUUAGAAAUGGCAAAAACCUUCCUUGUUAGAUUUUCAGUCUGUAUGCAAACCACACAGACUUGGAAAACAGACAAAAAGCCCCUACCUUCAGGAGCAGGGAAAGCCGCCACUGUAGUGUCGGAAACUGUUUCUGGGGUAGAGGGGAUAAACUGAGACCAAACUGGAUACUGUCAGGGAGAAAGACUCUGAAGAAAGAGAAGGGACAUAUUCCUCCCCAGAAAAUACAUGACCUGUGAAAAGCUGCUAGAAUUUGAGGCGGAUUCGGAGGGAGAAAAAAAGCCCCUACCUCCAAAGGCAGCUAGCAGAGGUACAGAGCCGCAGACAGAUACCUGAAGCUCUGCAUCUGGGGGGGGGGG